AUGCCAGCUCCCAAAAACAAGCACCCGACCUUCAGACGCUUUCCCUGGCUCCCUACUGAGCUACGCCUUGAGAUUUGGAAGCAUGCGCUGCCGAUCCUGACAGACAAGGCCACACUCUAUCCAUGGGUUGAGAAGACUGAUUGGAAACGGGGAAGGAAGAGCCGGUACUGUUGGAUCAAGCCGACCCUCUACUAUCCCGUUGCUCCCAGAACUCACCAGAUAGCGAUGCCCCUGCUUUACGUCAACCACGAGUCCCAUUCGGUCGCUCUCGACUGGCUUAACAAGCAUCGUCCAUUGCGCAAGCGCUUUAACCACAAGGGGACUUUCCUCUUAACUCGCCCAUUCUUUGCGGAAGAUGAUACACUCUAUCUUGGCCUUGAUCAUGCCGCGCCGGACUACAAAGACAGUCUUCUUCCCCGUCCAGAAUUCAAACAACUUGCCGUGUCCGAAGAGUUCUUUCUGGCUGACCCCAGUGGGCUGUGCUAUCUUGUUCGUUGUCUCUAUCGGUGCCGGUCGUAUUCCAUUGUCGUUGGCAACGGCCCUGCCCCGUACAGCAGCGAUCUGCCGAAGAAGGAGAAAAUGGUAGAACGGUGGGAGAUCGACGGUCCGCGAGAGACGAUCCUGAAAUGGGAGGCCAGCCAGGGUGAGGCUCUGCUAUGGAACCCCAAUGGCAUUGUUAGUGCGGCUCUUCAUACGCUUCUGAUUCUUACGUACCCUCAUCUGUCCCGGGUUGUUGCAGAGUCUUGGUAUCCCAGGACCUUCACAAUCGACGCUGUCCGUGCUGUCAGGAGAUAA